AUGGCGUUCAUGGUGAAGAGCAUGGUGGGGGGGCAGCUGAAGAAUCUCACGGGCGGGCUGGGUGGCGAAGAGAAGAGCGAGAGCGAGAAGUCACCGGCCGAGGCGCAGGGCAUGACCCGCGAGGAGUACGAGGAGUAUCAGCGGCAGCUGGUGGAGGAGAAGAUGGAAAGAGACGCCCAGUUUGCCCAGCGCAAGGCGGAGAGGGCCACAUUCAGGUCCCACUUCCGAGACAAGUACCGGCUCCCCAAGAACGAAACCGAUGACAACCAGAUCCAGCUGGUGGGAGGCGACGUGGAGCUGCCCAAAGAGCUGGCCAAGAUGAUCGAGCAGGACAACGAGGAGGAGGAGGAGAAGAACUCCGUUAUCGGGCAGCUCAGCAACAUCCAGAACCUGGACCUCGAGUCCCUGAAGGACAAGGCCUCGGCCACGCUGGAGGACCUGAAGCAGUCGGCCGAGAAGUGUGCCGUGAUGUGA